UUUCUCUCAGGGUUCCUUGCAAAUCUGUUUUGCAAACAAACAAACCCCCAUUUAAAACUCUCUCUCUCCCUCUUUCUCUCUCUAUUCUCUCUCAUGAUCAACCAUGUAUAUACUUCGUCACAAGGUAUGCAGAAAAUACUAAUUUUUUCAGUCAAUCCCUGCAAAAAAACCCCUUUGAUUUCUUGCAUCUUCGUAUUCUGUCGGACUUUUGGUUUAGGGCUUCUGAUCGCCAUUCGAGAAUGCAGGUUUUGAGUAUGCCUAGGAUCUGUGUGCUUUAGGCUGAAUAUUACGAAAGGAUCCUUUGUUCACACAUCCCAUUUGCUGAUUUACUCUAAAUCUUGACCUAUGAGUUCACGGUUUCCAUCUCAUCAACUGAACAAUGGUUUGUACGUAUCUGGUCGGCCAGAGCAGCCGAAAGAAAGGGCUCCAACUAUGUCCUCCACUGCAGUGCCGUACACUGGCGGUGACAUUAAAAAAUCGGGCGAAUUAGGAAAAAUGUUUGAUGUGGAUCAUGCUAGCUCCAGACCAAGAAAAUCUGGACCUAUAGCUAACGCGCCUCUAAGAACAGGGUCUUUUGGUGGUGCGAGUUCUCAUACGAAUCAAGCAUCAUCAAAUUCCGCCAAUAGAAUGGGCUCUUCUGGUGGGGGUGUUCCUGGUUCAACUUCAAUGAAGAAAACUAGUUCUGGUCCUUUGAAUAAACAUGGUGAACCCAUAAGGAAGUCCUCUGGGCCUCAAGGUGGAGGGAUGCCUACUUCUCGACACAACUCUGGACCUCUCCCUCCGGUUCUCCCAACCACAGGUCUCAUCACAUCUGGACCCCUUAAUUCAUCUGGUGCACCUCGGAAGGCAUCAGGUCCAGCCGACUCUGCAGGGUCUGCCAAAUCACGAAGCGCGAUGGCUAAGAACCAGGCAAUUACUCGUCUUAGCCAGGAGGAUGGACGCUCUUUCUCCAGUUCGGCCUCUGCUUGGAGUGCAUGUUGGGGAGCAAAAUCUGCGAUUAGUUUUAUCGAUGGGUAUCCAGAUGCCGAGCUUAGAACGGCAAAGAAUGGACAGUUCGUCAAGGUGUCUGGGGUGGUUACUUGUGGAAACGUUCCUCUGGAGUCAUCAUUCCAAAGGGUCCCCAGAUGCGUUUAUACAUCCACAAGUUUAUAUGAAUAUCGAGGAUGGGGUUCAAAACCUGCCAACCCUACACAUCGUCGCUUUACCUGGGGUCUGCGAUCCAUGGAGAGGCAUGUGGUGGAUUUCUAUAUAUCUGACUUCCAAUCUGGGUUGAGGGCAUUAGUCAAGACUGGUUAUGGUGCCCGGGUGACUCCAUAUGUUGAUGAAUCUGUUGUUAUAGAAGUUGAUCAGUCGAACAAAGAUUCGUCUCCACAAUUCAUAAGAUGGUUGGAUGACAGAAAUAUCCCAAGCGAAGAUCGCGUGAUGCGCCUCAAAGAAGGGUACAUUAAAGAAGGCAGCACGGUGAGCGUGAUGGGAGUCGUCCAGAGAAACGAAAAUGUGCUGAUGAUUGUUCCGCCAUCUGGGCUGGUCCCAACUGGAUGUCAGUGGGGCAGAUGUCUCCUUCCGGUGAACAUGGAGGGCAUCGUUUUGAGAUGUGAAGACUCAUCGAAGCUCGAUGUCAUACCUGUUUAGUAAAAUCUGGAGAUAUCUCAACUAUUUUAAAACAGUUGUAUAGUCUGUUUGCUCUUGUUUUCAUUACAGCAACUAGUUAUGGCGGUAUUUGGAUCUCAAUGCUGUUGUGUGAUAAUCGAGUUAAAAAGGGUAACUUUUGAGACUUCAAUUUUUUUUACUAUUUUACUGAAUGUUUAGAGAAUUUGAGUAUUGUUGUUUAUACUUUGGAAAACAGAGAAGGUAUAAUUAUACUAUUUCUUG